CUUAAGACGUCCAGGGAAAGAUUAAGAUUCGGCAGCUAUUUUAAGAACGCCUGGCUGUUUUUAGGGCGCGGCUUUGCGACUGACAUUCCUGUGAAAGAGGCCUGUGAAGCGCAACGCAAUCUUUAUCUAGAGCGGACAUGGAGAGCCUGGUGUCUAUUGUGGGCAUCCGCCGAACCAUGACGUGGAAUGCGUUCGUCUGUUCAUUGUUCUUGUUCUCUGGUAUGAGAUUAUUUCCGGCUACAACAACAAGCGGAAUAAUCGAACAAUCGCCAGUGCAGAUCACGGUUACUGAAGGGGAAACGGUGCAGCUGAAUUGUACUUACAUCAGUAAAACAAACGAUGCAAAGAAGUUGGUCGGAGCCAUUACUUGGUACAAAGACAAGGAAAACCAUACGGUUUACAACAAGUCCGGCGAGUUUCAGGGUCGCGUAAGACCUAACAGUUCAAAGGGUAUUCUAAGCCAACAUUUACAGAUCUUCAACGUCAGAAUGAAUGAUACAGGAAAGUAUUACUGCAAAGUAGAAAUUUUUGGCGAAGGAAAUCAUCUUGGAAAAGGGACAGAAGUUCAAGUCACAAGAAAGCAGCAUCCACCAUCAAGGACCCAAGCUGUCCAGGUUAUGGUUUCUUCUCCCUGCUGCCAUCAGGAAGGAGCAGCGGUGGGUCAUGACAAUGGAUUAUUUACGAACGAAAGGAAAAUCGUUUUGUAUGUGUCUCCACUCCUGGUUAUUGUGCUCCUCGCCCUGACGCUGCUCAUCAGCAUCAUUUAUAGGAAACGCUGUGCCCGAUCUACAGGUGGAAUAGAUGGUUUUGUUGCCAAGUUUGCAAAGGACACGAAGGUUAGUGGAGCGGAAGAUAGUUUUGAGGAAGCAGAUAAAAGAUCCGCAAACCAAGUUGUGCCUAAGAAAGAAGAAUCUGUACUCUAUGCUGAAAUGAAUAUCAGGAAAGUGCCAUGGAAUCGACGAUCGGAUUACGCUGCAUGCGAGUCAGGCCAGACUGGACCGAGUUCACAGGCGGGAACAGGUGAAGAUCGGAUUCUGUACGCCGAGGUGACGGCUAAUUCUUGGGCGACAACGAAGCCCAAGAAGUCUCCCAGAAGAGAAAAUGAGCAGGUCGUGUAUGCGGCUGUGAAUAUGCAGCGUAUGUGAGGCAGCCUUCUCUGAGCAUUGUUUCAGAAGACUGGGUGUCAGCGUUGUCUGUUUAUUUGAUACUUGGACACCUGAUUUCCCAAAAAUCAACAUAAAUUUACUCCAUGUUUCUGUUACCACUUUUAUUCUACUCAAGGGCUUAAUUUACGUUAUGAAAUAAUUUUCUUCACUAUUCCCCUUCCCCCGCCUGAGCACUCAUGAAAUAUUUCCAUUAAAAUGCUUGCCU